AUGGAUAUCCCUAGCUUCUACGAGGACUCAGCUACGUCAUGGGGGCCCGACACUAAGGACUCUAUGCCUCGCAGCCCUACACUCUACUCCCCCCUGGCAAGACCCUCGACACCCCCUACAUCGUUGAAGGACGACCGUUUCCAGAUGGUUCUCUUCACUCCCCGCCUGGUGCGCAUCACCCUCACCAACGUGAGCGUGACAGACGAGGGUGGCUACUUCUGCCAGCUCUACACUGACGACACCCACCACCAAGUGGCCACGCUGUCCGUGUCCGUCCCUCCCGACACCCCCACGGUGGAGGUGAGGCAGGAGGCCGUGGAGGGGGGUGAGGUGGAGCUCACCUGCCUGUCGCCUCGCAGCAAGCCCCCCGCCACGCUGCGCUGGAUCAGGGACCGCCGGGAGAUACCAGGUGUGGUGUCCCAGCAGGAAAAUGGGAAGACAGUGAGUGUGUCCAGCACCAUCCGUCUCCCUGUGGAGAGGAGAGACAACGGGGCAGCGGUCAGCUGUGAGGCAUCCCACCCCGCCCUGGGGGGGCAGAAGAGGGUCCGCCACUACCGCCUCGACGUCUACUUUGCCCCCACAGUGAGGAUCAUCCCUCCCCCUGGCAUCCUCCGAGAGGGAGACUCUCUCAGCCUCACCUGCUCCAUCACUGGCAACCCACUGCCUAGGGAUGUCCAGUGGACUAAGAUUAAUGACACCUUACCUGAGAGGGCGGAGAUCUCUGGCCCCACCCUCCAGGUGUCCCGUCUCAGCCAAUCACACAACGGGACCUACCUGUGUCAGGCGCAGAACAACUACGGCCGUGCCGCUGACCACUACACGCUGCUGGUGUACGACCCCGGUGCAGUGAUUGAGACCCACAGUGCAGUACCGUACGCUGUGAUAGGGGGCGUCCUGGCUCUGCUGGUCUUCACCAUCAUCUGUGUUCUCAUCAUCACCAUCUGGUGCUCAGUCCGACAGAAAGGUUCAUAUCUUACCCAUGAGGCCAGUGGGCUGGACGAGCACGGGGAGGUCCAGGAGGCUUUCCUCAACGGGAAUGAUGCCAGUCAGGGCAAGAAGGAGUACCUACUGUAGCCUCCAUCCCCAAAACCCACACCCCUCCCCCAACACGCCAUGACGGGUGGCCUUCUGAAUCUACUGUAAUACUACUGCACACAGACCACAUCACAGACCACAACACAGACCACAACACAGACCACAACAAAGACUGAAAGAGAGACGAUCCGUCCAGCCCUUACAUUACAACUGUGCCAUACUGUAGAUGUACUGGAGGAAGGAGCGAGGGAGCGAGGGAGGAUGGCAGAGAUAGGGGAAAGUGAUAAUAGGGUCAUUAUUUUGAUAGAGAGAAGAGAUAACAAGAAAGAAAGCCUCAGCACUUUCCUUCCCUGUGAUAAUUGGAGAGGGAGGGAGAGAGAGAGAUAAAACGUGGUGUGGGGUCGGUAUGGUUUCCAGAAGCUAUUGAGUUUGAAUGUUCAAUUUGAUUACUUGAAAUUGCCAAAGCACAUCAGCCAACAGAGAGCAACUCAUCUAUAAUUAUUUGACAACAUUGCAGAGUGUUACCCUGAAAGUCUCAUAAAGUAUUUCUGAACUGUUCAGUCAAUUCUGCAGACAACCCAGGUAUUGUAUUUGCCGUCCGUUCUGGGGAGUCUGCCAAUGUUUUCUGGGUAAUUUAGAAACCUUCCUGUUAUGAAUGACUGCUUUCCUCGCAGAACAGAACUGUUGUUUCUCUUCUUUGAAUUCUCUCUCUCUUUCUCCCUCCCUCUCUAUUCACCUCUCUUUCUC